GCAGGAGUCUGAGGGCUGCCAAAAUGAAGUCAUAGAACCAUUGAGAUUAGAAAGGACCUUUAAAAUUGAGUCCAGCCACAUUGGGAGGAGCAGAGAGUGGGGUCCCUGAUGGCAUGAGGUGAAACCCCAGUCCUGGGGAGGAGGAUGAUCUGUGUGAGGUGCCCUGAUAGGUUCCACUGCCCUGCAGGACCUGGCAUCCUGCUGGGCAUACCUUUUCCCUUUGUCCAAGGGCUCCCUGUGAGUCACUCCCAGGCUCAAUCCUCUUAGUCCCUGAAGCCAGGUCAGCAUCCCUAGGGCUCUGGUGCUCAGGGCCACAGCCAAGGGGCAGCCCUGGCCAUGGCCCAGUCCUACGCAGUUCAGGACCCCAUGGAAAGGGCUCUUAGUCAAAAUGUGACCAGUUUUGGUCACCUGUACACACUAAGAGUCAGUGACAUGUACCUGAGUGCUUUGGGUAGGGUCACCUGUGUGUUAUGGGGAGGGUGAGGGGCUCCAGACUGCACUUCCCCAGCACUGGGGACAAACAUCUGAUGCUUUCACACUGUUUGGAGUCAGCAGCUGUUACGGGUUACUUGUCCUCCUUCCCUCACCCUCCAUAGCCCCUGGGUGAUGGGCAGGACCCAGCUGGCACUUUGGGCUCUGGGCUGUCCCUGUGUCAUAUCCAUCCCCAGCACAGUGAGAUGGGUGACUUCUCCCAGGCCACGUUAUCAUUUCCACUGUUCCCUUCUUGGCACUGUGCCCCAGCACCCUGGAGUUUGCCAGGCUGUUUGUCCCCACUUAUCACCAAGCUGGAUCCCUGUGCCCCCACCUUUGCUCUCCAGCUUUUCCACAGGUAACUCACUCAGACUUUGCAGGAUUGUUUGCCAGUCAUUCUGUGCCAACAUUUGUCUCUGCUCCCCCAACACCUUUUAAGACAAAAUUGGAACAAAAUGCAUUUCUGAGGCUGGGGUCUUGGCAGGGGUGACCUGGUGCAACAGAGCUGGGAGGUGCUGGACUGCAGCCGGGCUCAGUCUUGAGCCUUGACUUGGCACUGAACUCCACCAGCAUCUUCAGCCUGUGCUGGGAAGUGUUUGGGAUUUCUUCAAAGCUGCUGCUGGUCUGGGCUAAAACCUCCACCCUCUUGGUGUGGGGGGAAUUGCUUUUGGGGGAAGCAUGGACUCAACACCCCUCUGCAGGCUGCUCUGCCCUGGGGAGGUGAUACUGGGUGCUGGGGUGACAUGUGGCAGCCAUUUGGGAAGGUGGCAGCCUCUUGCCAUGGGCUGCUUCCCUCUACAGCAGAGGGGGCCCCGUGGGAGCCCCCCUGGCUGAGGCUGCAUCCCCAUCCCCUCUGCCCAUCUCCCCCGGCUCCAAGGGUGCUGUGUCCUCUGGGAUCUCAGCCAUCUGCUCCAGGGAUCCAGGGCCUGCUGAGGCAUUUAACCCAGCCCAGGGGAGGGAGGAACGACCUCGGGCAUCCCUCCCCAUUCCUGUCUUAAGGAGUUCUCCAGCUGCAGGUGACUCCUCACUCCCAGGGGGGCAGGGGUACCAGUGGUGUUCCCAGAGGGGCAGGAUUUGGGGACCGUGACCGACAUCGGAGCCCACUGGUCACCUCCCGUGCUGAGGCAGCCAGGCUGUGCCUGGAUUAGCAGGUGCUAAGCUCCUUCUCAGCAACACAGCUCUGUCGGCGGGUGAGUGGCACUGCCACCAGCCAUGGGGACACCACUGUCCCUGUGAGCUGCCAGCACCGAGGAGCCUUGUGGACCCUGAUGCCACUUCCCCCCUGCAGUCCCCUGCCUGGCAAAGGCUUCAGUGGCUUGAGGUGGGGCUGCAGGGAUAGCUGGCCAUGGCCCUGGUGGGGGGUAUUCCCCUCCCUGGCACUGGGGGGGCACGGGGGCCACGGCACUUGCUGCAGUCCCCCCCUGAGGAGGAUGGGGUGCUGUACGUGGAUUACAAGCCCCCUGCCCUGGACAGCAUCCACCUGCCCCGCCAUGUCCUCUACCUGAUGAUGGCAGCAACACUGGUGCUGGUGGUGGCAUAUGCCAUCGUGGGGCACCUCAUCAAGGACCUGGUGCACGACUUCGCUGACUGGGCAUUUGGGCCCAAGCCGGAGGAGAAGGCAGGGAUGGCCGAAGGCCCCGUGCCAGAGGCAGAGUGGCUGGAGAAGGACGAAGUGCUGGUGGAGCAGAAGGUGGAGGAUGAAGGCAGCGGCAUCCUGCCCGGCACGGACAUCCCGCUGCGGCCGCUCGCUCCACGCAGCUCCAUCUCCUUUGCCGACUCCCCCCCGAAGACGUUCUUCUAGGGUCAGGGGACACCCCUGCCACCAGAAGGACCCUGCAGCCCUGCCUGACCAUUGGGUCAUGAUGUGGCCCUGGCCGUAGGCACUGCCCAGCACUGGCACACAGCCUCCCCCUCCCUGCCCAGCCCUAGCGCUGCUCUCAGGGCUCCUCUUGGGCUGUCACGCCAAUAAAGCCAUUUGCCCCAGCCCUGGUCGCCCCUUGGCCCAGCACAGUGCGGGGGGGUGGCAGGGCUGGGGCAUCCCAACCUUUGCCUGGGGUAACAGCACCCCUUGGCACAACCGUGCCACCCCCGCCCAUGGGCACAUGGGUGUAUAUAGGGGAGUGCUUGGGGGUGCAAACCCAUGAUGUAGGGGCACAGCCAGUGGUGGCAGAGGACACGGACACGGGUG